GAGAGUCACGCAGUUGUCCCUGCCAACGAGCUCUCGAACACCUGCAUCCGAGUUCUGAAGGACUUGGAGAGAAGCUGCAACAUCCCGGACCUGGUAGCAUUGGCUUUAUCGGCCUGGGCCCGGGGGCGACUGGGCGCGCAGCCCGGCGUCGACAGAGCUCCAAAGGAGCCUCCCGAGUACGACAGCGGCGCAGACGAUGUGGCCCCUGCAAAGGAAUUGGCUGAGACAUCGAAUGCGGAGACAGCAGCGCUGCUGUCCGCCAUUUCCGUGGCUUUUCCGCUGCCGCCAUCAGCGCCGCCCCGGCCGGCGCUACAGAGUCUCGAGGCCUUCGAGGCCUUAUCCAUUCAGUCGCGGCUUGCCCUACUUCGUUCGGUGCCGUCGACCCGCAUGGUCUGC